AUGGUCAACGUCCACACCCAAGUGACGCUGACACAUCAAGACUACCCACCUUUGGUUGAGACAUUGGAAGAGGAUAAAAUGGACGUGAAACCGAGGCGACGGGCGACUCUAGGCUCUCAGCUCUCGGGGACUGACACGCUGUCUAUACACAUCAACAAUAAGUUGUACAAAUUGAACCUGUUUGACACCGUCGCCGUUGAGGAAUUUGUAGUAUCACCGUCCGAUUUCCAAAACUUGGAGUACUGGAUACGCAAAUUUAAGAAAAAAGCGGACAUUACAAAUGCUGAUACGUUCCCCUUUAUCGUCGUUGGCAACAAGCAGGACAUCUCCGAGAGCGACAGAUUAAUUUCAAGAAAAGAAACAGAUGAUUGGUGCCGGGAAAAUAAUCUUUGGCACUUGGAAACAUCGACCAAAGAGAACAAACAUCGACCGAAUAUUUGCGGUAGGGAUGGCCAUGUACGAGCGUCGACCAGCUGA